AUGUCGGGCUUCGACGCUGGCCGCGUCUUCUCCGCCCAGGCACUCGCCGGGUCGGAGGCGUCUCGGGCUCCCGAUGCUCCAGCACAGACCGAGCAGACGCUGUUCAACUUUGUGCAGACCUUCCGCACGGGUAGCGACUACGUCUAUCGCGAUCGGCUGCGCGCCAAUCUUCUCGCAAGGCAGUACGUCCUCGAGGUGCAGCUCGAGCACAUCCAGCUGUGGAGCAACGACCUCGCGCAAGCACUGCGUGACACGCCUUCGGACAUCCUUCCGCUCUUCGAGUCGGCGGUCAAGCGCGCCGCGCGCGCCAUCCUCUACCCGGUCAUCACUCCUGGCGAACCGCGUCCCGAUGCACCCGACUGCCAGGUCACGCUGCGCAGCCAUGCCAACCUCACACCCAUGCGCGAUCUGCAUGCCGACAGCAUCUCGCACCUCGUGCGUGUGCCAGGCAUCGUCAUCGGCACCACCACGCUCUCGUCGCGUGCCACCCACAUCCAGAUCAUGUGCCGCGACUGCCGUGCCACCAAAUCGCUCCCUGUCGUCUCGGGCUUUGGCGGCUUCACCUUGCCGCGCUACUGCGACUCGACCAAGAUGGACACCACCUCACCACAGUGCUCGACGGAUCCGUACGUCAUCCUGCACGACAAGUGCCGAUUCGUCGACAACCAGACGGUGAAGCUGCAGGAGGCGCCCGACAUGGUGCCCGUGGGAGAGCUGCCGCGACACAUGCUCAUGUCGGUCGACCGUGCGCUGUGUGGACGCGUGGUGCCCGGCUCGCGCAUCAUCGCCACGGGUAUCUACUCCACCUUCGCAAGCGCCAAGGGCGGCAAGGGAUCCAAGGCCGGUGCCUUCGCGCUGCGCACGCCGUACCUGCGUGUCGUGGGUCUCGAGAUCGACGCCGAGGGUGCAGGUGGUCGUGGCAUGGCGCGCAUCUUCUCUGCCGAGGAGGAGGAGGAGUUCGCGCGGAUCUCGAGGUCCCCGGAGCUGUACGAAAACUUCUCGGCGAGCAUCGCGCCAAGUAUCUUUGGCAACCAAGACAUCAAAAAGGCCAUCGCCUGUCUCUUGUUCGGCGGCUCCAAAAAGGUGCUGCCUGACGGAAUGCGACUGCGUGGCGAUAUCAAUGUGCUCAUGCUCGGUGAUCCGGGUACGGCCAAGUCGCAGCUGCUCAAGUUUGUCGAAAAGGUGUCGCCCAUCGCCGUGUACACUUCGGGCAAGGGUUCGUCCGCCGCCGGUUUGACGGCGUCGGUGCAGCGUGAUCCGCAGUCGCGCGAGUUCUACCUCGAGGGCGGAGCGAUGGUGCUGGCCGAUGGUGGAGUGGUGUGCAUCGACGAGUUUGACAAGAUGCGCGACGAGGACCGCGUGGCGAUCCACGAGUCGAUGGAGCAGCAGACCAUCUCGAUCGCCAAGGCGGGCAUCACCACCAUCCUCAACACGCGAACCUCGGUGCUGGCGGCGGCCAACCCGAUCUUUGGACGAUACGACGACAUGAAGUCGCCCGGCGAGAACAUCGACUUUCAGACCACGGUGCUGUCCCGAUUCGACAUGAUCUUCAUCGUCAAGGACGAGCACAACGAGCAGCGCGACCGCACCAUGGCCAAGCACGUGAUGAACAUCCACAUGAAUCGCGCCAACGAUACCACGGCGACGGGCGAGUUCGACAUUGAGCAGAUGAAGCGCUACAUCUCGUUCUGCAAGGCGCGGUGUGCGCCGCGUCUGUCGCCCGAGGCGGCCGAGAAGCUGUCGUCGCACUUUGUGGCGCUGCGCAAGCAGGUGGCGCAGGUGGAGCGCGACAACGACGAGCGCUCGUCGAUCCCGAUCACCGUGCGUCAGCUCGAGGCGAUCGUGCGUAUCUCGGAGUCGCUCGCCAAGGUGACGCUGUCGCCGACGGUGGGCGAGGAGCACGUCGACGAGGCCAUGCGUCUCUUCCGCUCCUCGACCAUGGACGCGGUGCAGGCGGGCAACGUGGAGGGCAUGACGCGAGGCGAGCUCGCCGAAGAGUGCCAGAAGCUCGAACGCGAGAUCCGCCGAAGGCUGCCCAUCGGAUGGAGCACGAGCUACGGCAAGCUACGCCACGAAUUCGUCGAGAGCCAGGGCUACACCAACCACGCGCUCGAGCGCACGCUCUUCAUCCUCGAAAAGCGCGACGUGAUCCGCUUCACCAACCAGCGCAAGAUGCUCACCAGGACUGGUGUGUGA